UUGGAAAAAAUCCCAAUUUUCCCGGACCACAUUUGGUGCCCCGUCGAAGAUUCGACGAUCUGUGUUUUGUCCUAUUUUUCUCUGUUUGUCUCCCUCUUCUUCACUCUUCAUUCUCCACAUCUUUCUUUGUGAUGGGAAGCCACAGCAACGCCGAGAAAGAUGAAUCCGCCACCGAGACGGAGACUACAACAACACGACGGGGUUCUCUCUCUGUUACAGAGUCCAACACCGAUUGUGACGGAGACGCCUUGCCUCCUCCUCCUCCUCCUCUUGCGAACGUGAGUCAAUUCGAAGAAGGAGAGAAAGUUUUAGCCAACCACAAAGGUCGCUUCUACGAAGCCAAGGUUCUUGAAGUGGCAUUUAAAGACAAUGAAUGGAACUACUAUGUGCAUUACAUUGGUUGGAACAAAAGUUGGGACGAAUGGAUAGGUCAUGAUUGUGUGUUGAAACACAACGAGGAGAAUCUUGAGAAACAGGGUGUGAAGCAAGGAGUUAAGAGUGCUAUGGCUUGGAGAGUUUCCAAGAUGAAACCUAGAUGCCCUAAUGUUGCUAGAGGCAGAAAGCGGAAGCAAGAUUCUGUUGAUAAUGUAGUCUCUCCAAUGGAGGAGAAUUUGGUUCCUUCAGAUAACCUUUUAACUUUCAAUAUCCCGCCAGCGCUGAGGAAGCAGCUAACGGACGAUUGUAAAUUUGUUACUCAGAUGCAAAAGCUUGUGGAACUUCCUCGAUCUCCCAGUGUGGAUGACAUCUUGAAGAAGUACACCGACAGCAAAAUGGAUAAACAUGGCAGGUUAAGCAAUUCAGUUGAGGAAAUUCUGAAAGGUUUGCGUUGCUACUUUGACAAUGCUUUGCCGGUGAUGUUACUAUACAACAAUGAACGGAAGCAGUACGAGGAAACCAUAUGUGGGGAUGUAUCUCCCUCUUCUGUCUACGGAGCUGAACAUUUGUUACGACUCUUUGUGAAAUUGCCGGAGUUGCUGAUCCAUGUGAAAAUGGCAGAAGAGACAUUGAAGGAAUUGCAGGACGAGUUUGUUGAUAUUCUAAGGUUCUUGAGGAAUAACCAGAGUUCGUUAUUUGUAUCAACAUACAAAGCGGUUGAAGAAAUGGAGAAGCAAGAAACUUAAGGAACUCGUUUCUAAAUGAUGAAUGGGUGUCACUGUAGCAAGUAAUAUAUGCAGUGAUCAUUUGUCUCUGUUGUUUAGUAUGUAAUGUAACGAGAGAGGUUGGGUUGUUUAAGUUUCUAAGUAUAGAUUCCGUCUGUAUUAUGAAAACGAUUAACAUCGUGAAUCAUCGUCUACUGCAUUCUCCUCCCUGCUGUUAGGGGUUUCUGUUGUUUGUAGUGCGAGGCAUGAAAGUUCAUUCUCGGUUUCAUGUUUGUUGUAAACAGAUGUUAUGAAUACAGUUUCCUAUAUUACUAGGCACAGUUUCUUAAUU